UGUUUAACACGGUUUAUAACAGCGAUGACAACGUGUUUGUGGGUGCCCCCACGGGAAGUGGAAAGACCAUUUGUGCUGAAUUUGCCAUCCUGAGGAUGUUGCUCCAGAACUCGGAGGGACGCUGCGUGUACAUCACCCCCAUGGAGGCCCUGGCAGAGCAGGUCUUCUUGGACUGGUAUGAAAAAUUCCAGGAGCGUCUCAAUAAGAAGGUGGUUCUGCUGACGGGGGAAACCAGCACCGACCUGAAGCUGCUGGGCAAAGGGAACAUCAUCAUCAGCACCCCUGAGAAAUGGGACAUCCUCUCUCGACGCUGGAAGCAGCGCAAGAACGUCCAGAACGUCAACCUCUUCAUCGUCGAUGAAGUGCAUCUCAUCGGGGGCGAAAAUGGGCCAGUGCUGGAGGUCAUCUGCUCCCGCAUGCGCUACAUCUCCUCCCAAAUCGAGCGUCCCAUCCGCAUCGUGGCCCUGAGCUCCUCCCUGUCCAACGCCAAGGACGUGGCUCACUGGCUGGGCUGCAGUGCCACCUCCACCUUCAACUUCCACCCCAACGUCCGUCCCGUCCCCCUGGAGCUGCACAUUCAGGGCUUCAACAUCAGCCACACGCAGACUCGCCUGCUCUCCAUGGCCAAACCUGUCUACCACGCCAUCAUGAAGCACUCGCCCAAGAAACCCGUCAUCGUUUUCGUCCCGUCCCGCAAGCAGACGCGGCUCACGGCCAUCAACAUCCUCACCACGUGUGCUUCUGAUGUCCAGAGGCAAAGGUUCCUGCACUGUGCAGAGAAGGAUCUGGUGCCGUACCUGGACAAGCUGAACGACAACACUCUGAAGGAGACGCUGGUGAAUGGAGUGGGCUACCUGCACGAGGGGCUGACCGCCAUGGAACGGCGCGUGGUGGAGCAGCUCUUCAGCUCUGGAGCAGUUCAGGUGAUGGUGGCCUCCCGCAGCCUCUGCUGGGGUAUGAACAUCGCCGCUCACCUGGUGAUCAUCAUGGACACUCAGUACUACAACGGCAAGAUCCACGCGUACGUGGAUUACCCCAUCUACGACGUGCUGCAGAUGGUGGGCCACGCCAAUCGCCCGCUGCAGGACGACGAGGGCCGGUGUGUCAUCAUGUGCCAAGGAUCCAAGAAGGAUUUCUUCAAGAAGUUCCUGUACGAGCCCCUGCCUGUGGAGUCACACUUGGAUCACUGCAUGCACGAUCACUUCAACGCUGAAAUCGUCACCAAGACCAUCGAAAACAAGCAGGACGCGGUGGAUUAUCUCACGUGGACGUUCCUGUAUCGCCGGAUGACACAGAACCCAAACUACUACAACCUGCAAG